UGUUGUAAAAGCCUCACUGCUUUAGAAGUUCGGCACAUGCACAAUUACGAUUUGUUCUCUGCGUGCCUCGCUUUUAGUGUUGACCUGUUAGUUCGCUCAUAUUCAGCCAAACGCGGUAAUUUAUCAAUAAUGAGAGCUGUUCCCACAUGGAUAGAUAAAGUCCACGAUCGGGAUAAGGUUGAACAAUGUAUUUAUGAUCUUGCCUUCAAACCGGACGGCACUCAGUUGAUAGUGGCAGCUGGAAACAGAGUUCUGGUAUAUGACACAGCUGAUGGCACACUGAUACAGCCAUUAAAGGGACAUAAAGACACUGUAUAUUGUGUGGCUUAUGCUAAAGAUGGAAAACGGUUUGCAUCUGGUUCAGCAGAUAAAAGCAUUAUCAUCUGGACCUCAAAACUAGAGGGUAUCCUAAAAUACACUCACAAUGAUUCUAUCCAGUGUGUAGCUUACAACCCUGUCACACACCAACUGGCUUCAUGUUCCUCAGGAGAUUUUGGUUUGUGGUCUCCUGAGCAGAAGUCUGUUUCCAAACAUAAGGUUAGCAGUAAGAUCACAUGUUGUGGUUGGACUAAUGAUGGGCAGUACUUGGCUCUGGGCAUGAUGAGUGGGGUGGUCAGCAUCAGAAAUAAAAAUGGAGAAGAGAAAGUGAAGAUUGAGCGACCAGGCGGCUCUUCCUCGCCUAUCUGGUCCAUUGCCUGGAACCCAUCCAAAGCCAGUUGCGCUCGCGCCAUGGCGGAUUCACUAUUUACACGGCGGAAUUCGGAAGAGCAGACACUUCUCCAGAAAGGAAACUCGUCUGAUCGGGUUCGUAAGGAGCAGAAAAAACAAGUCAUUAAAGAUGAGUUGUAUGAAAAGUUGAUGGAGAUAGGAGUUUUACGGGAAAGUGGGGUAAUGGAAGGUUUAGAGACCGAGCUUGAUCGAGAGUUCGCGUCUGAUGAUGCAGGUUCGUUAAAUGGGGGUGAUCCAGCGGUAACAAUUCGUUUGAAAGAAUUGGAUCUUGCGUUAAAAAAACAGGAGCACGAGACACAAUUACUCCGUUUAAGAGAACUUGAGUUACAGACUGAUCGGGAGAUUAAGUUACGGAGGUUGGAGAUGGAAGCUCAAAUGUUGUCUAGGAGACCAGUUCCGUCUCCGCGCACCAGACCUCCUUCUAGCGGUUCUGAAAUGGGCCAACUUGACUUUGAUAUAGGGAAGGACCGGCAUUUGAACUUUGACCCAUGCUGCGUGAGUUUCUUCUCAAGGGGUGAAUACAUUGUGAUGGGCGGCUCAGAUAAACAGGCCUCGCUCUACACUAAAGAUGGUGUUCGGCUCGGCACCAUCGGUGAAAAGAACUCCUGGGUCUGGACGUGCCGUGUGAAGCCAGAGUCCAAUUAUGUGGUUUUAGGAUGUCAGGAUGGCACAAUAGCAUUUUUUCAGCUUAUCUUCAGCACAGUUCAUGGCUUAUAUAAGGACCGCUAUGCCUACAGGGACAGUAUGACUGAUGUCAUCGUACAGCACCUCAUCACUGAGCAGAAAGUGCGAAUCAAGUGCCGUGAGCUUGUGAAGAAGAUUGCCAUCUACCGCGGCAGGCUUGCUAUCCAGCUACCGGAGAAGAUUCUCAUCUAUGAACUCUGCUCUGAUGACUCCUCUGACAUGCACUACCGUGUCAAAGAGAAAAUCUGCAGGCGAUUUGAGUGCAACCUACUUGUCGUCUGCUCCCAGCACAUCAUACUAUGUCAGGAAAAGAGACUGCAAUGUUUGUCCUUCACGGCUGUCAAAGAGAAAGAGUGGUUAAUGGAGUCUCUCAUUCGCUACAUCAAAGUGAUCGGUGGCCCAGUUGGAAGAGAGGGGCUUCUGGUUGGACUGAAAAAUGGAGCUAUUCUGAAGAUUUUUGUGGAUAAUCUGUUCGCCAUUACACUGCUGAAGCAAAACACAUCGGUGCGCUGUCUGGACAUGAGCACAUCACGCAGCAAGUUAGCAGUUGUGGACGAACACAACACAUGCCUUGUGUAUGACAUCCACACAAAAGAGCUGCUCUUCCAGGAACCCAAUGCAAACAGCGUGGCAUGGAACACACAGUGUGAAGACAUGCUGUGUUUCUCUGGCAGUGGAUAUCUGAACAUCAAAGCCAGUAACUUUCCUGUGCACCAGCAGAAACUCCAUGGCUUUGUAGUGGGCUACAACGGCUCCAAGAUCUUUUGCCUGCACGUGUACUCUAUGGCUGCUGUCGAAGUACCACAGUCUGCUCCCAUGUAUCAGUAUCUCGAACGUGGCAUGUUUCAGGAAGCAUAUCAGAUCGCUUGUCUAGGUGUUACAGAUAAUGAUUGGAGAGAUCUGGCAACAGAGGCUCUGGAGGGACUUGAUUUCAACACAGCAAAAAAAGCAUUCAUCAGGGUUCGAGACCUGCGCUAUCUGGAGCUUAUAAACAGCAUUGAAGAGAGGAAGAAGAGAGGAGAAAAUAAUAACGAACUCUUCCUCGCAGAUGUUUAUGCCUACCAGGGCAAGUUCCAUGAGGCAGCCAAACUGUACAGGAGAUCUGGCCAUGACAGCCGUGCACUUAGCAUGUACACAGACCUGCGCAUGUUUGAGUAUGCCAAGGACUUCCUGGGCUCAGCAGACCCUAAGGACACUAAGCUGUUGAUAAAGAAACAGGCAGACUGGGCCAAGAACAGCAAAGAUCCUCGAGCAGCAGCAGACAUGUACCUGACUGCAGGAGAACAUUUAAAAGCCAUUGAGAUCAUCGGGGAACAUGGAUGGGUGGACAUGCUAAUAGAUUUGGCUCGUAAGAUGGAUAAAGCAGAGAGGGAACCAUUGUCCAGAUGUGCUGUGUUCUUCAAGAAGUUAAAUCAUCAUGGCUAUGCUGCUGAGAUUUAUAAUAAAAUGGGUGAUCUGAAGGCCCUGGUGGAGCUUCAUGUGGAGGCCAGACACUGGAAUGAGGCAUUUUCUUUAGUUGAGAAACAGCCACAGUUCAGAGAUGAUGUCUAUGUGCCGUAUGCCCAGUGGCUUGCAGAACACGACCGCUUCGAGGAGGCACAGAAAGCCUUCCACAAAGCUGGGCGACAGGCAGAGGCUGUGAGAGUGCUGGAGCAGCUUACCCAUAAUGCUGUGGUGGAGAGCAGGUUUAAUGAUGCAUCUUACUACUUCUGGAUGCUCUCCAUGCAGUGUCUUGACAUCGCUAGAGAAGCCAAAGAGAAAAAAGACGAGAUGCUGAAGAAGUUCCACAGUUUCCAACACCUGGCUGAACUCUAUCAUGUGUAUCAUUCUGUCCAUCAUUACAUGUCAGAGCCGUUUAGUUCCCACAUGCCAGAGAUUCUCUUCAACAUUUCACGGUUCCUGUUCCACAACUUGACCACAGACGUUCCCAUGGGCAUCUCCAAAGUGGAUACACUGUAUGCACUGGCGAAACAAAGUAAAGUUCUGGGGGCGUAUAAAGUAGCACGACAUGCCUUUGAGAAACUACAAGGCUUGAAGAUCCCGGCCCGCUAUCAGGACAGCAUGGAACUCAGCUGUCUGACAGUUCGCUCCAAACCUUACCAUGACAGUGAGGAUCUGAUUCCCAUGUGUUAUCGCUGUUCUACCAACAACCCUCUGCUGAAUAACCAGGGCAACUCUUGUAUUAACUGCCGACAGCCUUUCAUAUAUUCUGCUUCCUCUUACGAGGUGCUCCCGCUUGUGGAGUUUUAUUUGGAGGAGGACAUCUCAGAUGAGGAGGCUGUGUCUCUCAUUGACCUGGAAGUUCCUCGCGUAGACAGGAAGGCUGCUGGCUGGCAGGAGAUGACCAGCGAGGAAUCUCAGUGUCUAAAGCUGGAUGAGAGGAUUGAAGACCCUGAGGAUGACCCCUUUACAGCCAAACUCAGCUUUGGGCAGGGUGGCAGUGAGUUUGUCCCAGUAGUUGUGAGUCGAGCGGUUUUGCGGUCCAUGUCCAGACGAGAUGUCCUGAUCAAGCGCUGGCCCAAACCUCUCAGCUGGCAGUACUACCGAUCUCUGCUUCCUGAUGUCAGCAUCACAAUGUGUCCUUCAUGCUUUCAGAUGUUCCAUAGUGAAGACUAUGAGUUGCUGGUUCUUCAGCACAAUUGUUGCCCGUACUGCAGGAGACCCAUUGACGAGUCCAACUAACCCGGUUAUUUGUGUGUGUGCAAUGGAUUAGCCGUACACGCUAUAUGUAUGCCGGUCCUAGAGACAAUUACUUUAUCUGUGUUUGCUGGUGUGAUACUGUAGGACUGAGGUGUUUUGUUAAUUGAGCCGCUAGAAAUCCGUAAGUAAAUACCAGGUCAGCGGAUCAGUCUGAUAGGAUGAAACAGAUCAGAAUGCUCAUCCUACCAAAGGGGAUUAUACAGUUUUUACAGUUUUGUGUUGGCAUACUUUCGGUUUAAUACACUUACUUUAAAUAGGUUAUAAGACACAGGUAAAUUAGCUUUGUUCUUCACAAUUGCUGUUUGUGAAGACUAAAUUGAAUACAUAUUUAAAAAAUGCCUCGUUGUAAUAGUUUUUUU